AAGUUUUACGGCAUCUGUCAAACCAAAUCAACAAACAAUCGAUGUCAAUAACAUUGAUUUAGUUUAAAUAAUUUUUAUUGAUAUUGUAUUAUUAACAAAAACUACAAUGACCGCAAUUGAUAAAAUACAAGUACUGGAUUCCAUCGAAAAAGAAUUGAUAUUGUGUUUGCAGAGUGCAGGCCAAGCACUACUCGAACUCAGUAAAGAGAAGACCAGUCAGAAAGCCACGGAAACCCAUACAAAUCAGUUUCUCAAGUCGCUUAACAUUGUGGAAUCGAAACUGUCGGAACAAAUAAAUUACUUGACGCAGGUUUCCACCGGACAGCCUCACGAAGGUUCCGGGUACGCUGCCGCUAAGGUCCUACAGAUGGCAUGGCAUCGCAUACAGCACGUCAAGGAUCGUAUUAAAGAGUUGGAGGAAUGUAAAAUUAAAUAUGCUCAAGCCACCAACCGUCUGCAAACUCAACGGGUAGGACAGAAUGCACCUUCCAGCACAGCCGGUGUGAUGAUGUGAACGAUUUGGGCAUGGUACAGCAAAUUAAAAGAACAGAAUUUCGACAA